AAGGAAUGUUGGUAUAUACAUGAUAACAUCCUUGUGCGUGGCACCCUAGCAUACCCACCUAAUUUUCUCAAGAGAAUCUAGCGGAGUGGCGUUUUGUGGAAAGCCAAGUAACCAACCACUCUUUAUUCAUUUUUUUUGACAAUCUUUAAUUAAUUACUGCAAUAAACCAACCCCACUUCUCCAUCAAGAUUCAAGAAAAUCCAUUUAUUAAAAAAAAAAAAGAAACUGCCCAUCUCCGCAUUAUACAGUCUGGAAGAGAGCAGUUAAUCUCCCUCCAUUGUACAUGGUCUACUCCCCUUUCUUGAAUCUCACCGAACAUGGAGAAGCAGAAGAGUUUCUCAAUCAAGCGCGCAAGAUUCAUGGUUUUUACACUCACAAUCGGCCUAACUCUGCUCUUCCUUGUCUUCUUCUCCGUCUGGUUCAUAAAGCUCUCUCCUUUCCCCCAAGAAACCCAUUUCCAGUUGAAGAGCGCCGCCUCCUUGCCCUUCGCAGUUCAAGAAAAGGGAAACAAGAGUGAAGCCGCCGCAGCUGGUGAGGUAAAUGGAAAUCUCAGUUUUGGUGCAGCUUAUUUUUCUUCAAUUGUUGUGAAUGAUGGGGUUCUUCCUGAUGCCCGUGUGUUGGAAUUUGGGAAUUCAUCUGAUUUUUCGGUAAAUCCGUCUGGAGAUGUCAAAGAAAAAGACCAUACAUCAUCUAUUAGUGAUUCAGUCAAGACAUUGGGUGUGACUGAGAAGAAGAUGGAGAUGAUCAAUGGAGGGGUGGUGUGUGAUGUGGCGAAUGGAAAAUGGGUGUUUGAUGAGAGUUACCACCCAUUGUACUCAGAUGUUUCAUGUCCAUUUAUCGACGAAGGGUUUAGUUGUCAAUCUAAUGGAAGAACAGAUCAAGAGUACUUGAAAUGGAGCUGGCAACCCCGCGAUUGCAGCAUUCCGAGGUUUAAUGCUACCCAUAUGUUGGAAUUGAUGAGAGGGAAGAGGCUAGUAUUUGUUGGAGAUUCCAUUAAUAGGAACCAGUGGGAAUCUAUGCUGUGCUUGUUGAUGGGAGCCAUCAAAGACCAAAAGAAGGUUUAUGAGACACGCGGGCGAAGAAUAACCAAGGGGAAGGGAGAUUAUAGCUUCAAGUUCGUGGACUAUAAAUGCACGGUUGAGUUCUACGUGACACAUUUUUUGGUGCGCGAGAGUAAGGUGAGGAUGGGGAGGAAACGAAGGCAGACAUUGCGUAUUGAUGCGAUUGAUAAGGGAUCGUCCAGAUGGAGGGGUGCUGAUAUUCUGGUCUUCAACACUGCUCAUUGGUGGUCUCAUCACAAAACCAAAGCAGGGAGGUAUUAUUACCAGGAAGGGGAUCAAGUUCAUGGGCACCUUGAUGUUUCAACAGCUUACAGAAGAGCACUGAUGACAUGGGCAUCCUGGGUUGACACAAACAUAAAUCCUGCAAAGACCCGAGUAUUCUUCAGAACUUCUUCGCCUUCUCAUUUCAAUGGUGGACAAUGGAACAGUGGCGGGCAUUGCAGAGAAGCUUCUCGGCCUCUCAGAGAAGAGAGUUAUAUCAGCAGUUAUUCUGAGAAGAAUGUGAUAGUGGAAGAGGUCAUAAGGGGGAUGAGAUCUCCGGUGACUGUUUUGAACGUGACCGGUUUGUCAGGUUAUAGGAUUGACGGUCAUCCGUCCGUAUACGGAAGAAGACCCACGGGUGGAAUCAAUUCUUCUUCUGCUGGUGUCCAAGAUUGCAGCCAUUGGUGCCUCCCUGGGGUUCCUGAUACUUGGAACCAAAUCUUGUAUUACUACUUGCAAGUUGCAACUUCGUCAAUAGCGUAGAAUAUUAAAGAGCAGUGUUUCCCCUUAAAAUGCCAUUAAACAAAUGCAAUCUAGAUGU